CCCCAUCCGUCCAUCGACAAAUGCAUGCAUCCAUCCGAUAGUCAGUCAAUCCAGCUGCCCCUCACCCAAUCUACGUGUGGAGUCACUCACGCCGUCUGAAGGACAACUCGAGGCUCCACUGUGUGUCGUGUGAACAAGUGUGAAAGCUGCCCACCUUCCCACCAGGGAAUCGUCGGAAAUACUCCUUUCUGAUCUCACGCAGCACUCCUAUGUCGCGGUCCGCAGUUGUGAAGCGAAUGGUCAGCUCUCGAAUGCCUCUGACGGUGAGGAUGGACUCAACACUUGACAGCACACCAACGCCAGCGCCCGCAUUUGCCACUACAUACAGACACAGCACAUAGUCAGACGAGCCGGGCACCUUCACUGUCAUUUCCGUCCGGCUUACCGUACAGACGUAGCCGCACGGUUUCGAUCUCGGGCAGCUGGUCCUUCUCAUUGCCCCACAUCAGCUCCUCCCUGCCCACACCGUCCACAUCAGCCGUAAUGCUCAUCUCGCCGAGCGCCUUCUCUGGCCCAGCCGCCCGAAGCAUGGCCACCACAUCAGUCGUCGUGACCCGGGACGAGUCCGAUGAGACCGAUACCACCGUCACUCUGGAUGACGACGUGUCGCUGCCGGCCCUCUCGUCGAUCGUCAGGUCGUAUUUGGCCGCGUCGUCGGCACAGCUCGUCCACACACUCCCUUCCCCCUCCAGGUCACCUGUUUUGAUCCGCUUGUUCAUCUUGGCAGCAGUGCGCUUGGGGAAGAAAAAGAUUGUCGGUUUGAGUGGCGUCAACAGCAGGCCGGCAGCGAGAUGACACUCCACUGUCAUCACCUGAAGCAGAAGCAGCGUGCAUCAAUCAAUCAAUCGUCGGUGCUCCAUUCGCUUCUCUCCCUCUUGUACCUGCUGUGUGCCUCCCUGGGCAGGACGCAGGCCGCUGAUUGGACGACGCUGCACGUGGGUGCGCCCUCCUCGCUCAUCGUGUGCAGACGGCUCCUUUUAACUGCACAACAACGCUCGCCACAGAUUCCUCGGCUCUGCACGUGGAUGGAACGAGUUCUCCCCUUGAAAGAAAGUAGCUUGGCGAAAGGUCAACCCUUUUGUCGCUUUCGUUGCGACUGUUCGGCGUUGUUCUUCAGUGGACGUUGUCGAGAUCUAUGGAAAGGAGGUGUGGCAACG